AUGGGCACAUCUCAACUACCCACUCUGGGGUCCAGCGUUCCACCACCAACUCAUCUCAACUACCCACUCUGGGGUCCAGCACUCCACCACCAACUCAUCUCAACUACCCAUUCUGGAGUCCAGAGUUCCACCACCAACUCAUCUCAACUUCCCACUCUGGGGUCCAGAGUUCCACCACCAACUCAUCUCAACUACCCACUCUGGAGUCCAGAGUUCCACCACCAACUCAUCUCAACUACCCAUUCUGGGGUGCAGAGUUCCACCACCAACUCAUCUCAACCACCCACUCUGGGGUCCAGAGUUCCACCACCAACUCAUCUCAACUUCCCACUCUGGGGUCCAGAGUUCCACCACCAACUCAUCUCAACUACCCACUCUGGGGUCCAGAGUUCCACCACCAACUCAUCUCAACUACCCACUCUGGGGUCCAGCACUCCACCUUGGGCACAUCUCAACUACCCACUCUGGGGUCCAGCACUUUACUACCAACUCAUCUCAACUACCCAUUCUGGGGUCCAGAGUUCCACCACCAACUCAUCUCAACUACCCAUUUUUGGGUCCAGAGUUCCACCACCAACUCCUCUCAACUACCCAUUCUGGAGUCCAGAGUUCCACCACCAACUUAUCUCAACUAACCACUCUGGGGUCCAGAGUUCCACCACCAACUCAUCUCAAAUACCCAUGGAGUCCAGAGUUCCACCACCAACUCAUCUCAACUACCCACUCUGGGGUCCAGAGUUCCACCACCAACUCAUCUCAACUACCCAUUCUGGAGUCCAGAGUUCCACCACCAACUCACCUCAACUACCCACUCUGGGGUCCAGAGUUCCACCACUAACUCAUCUCAACUACCCACUCUGGGGUCCAGAGUUCCACCACCAACUCAUCUCAACUACCCAUGGAGUCCAGAGUUCCACCACCAACUCAUCUCAACUACCCACUCUGGGGUCCAGAGUUCCACCACCAACUCCUCUCAACUACCCACUCUGGAGUCCAGAGUUCCACCACCAACUCAUCUCAACUACCCACUCUGGGGUCCAGAGUUCCACCACCAACUCCUCUCAACUACCCACUCUGGAGUCCAGAGUUCCACCACCAACUCAUCUCAACUACCCACUCUGGGGUCCAGAGUUCCACCACCAACUCAUCUCAACUACCCACUCUGGAGUCCAGAGUUCCACCACCAACUCAUCUCAACUACCCACUCUGGGGUCCAGAGUUCCACCACCAACUCAUCUCAACUACCCUCUCUGGGGUCCAGAGUUCCACCACCACCUCAUCUCAACUACCCACUCUGGGGUCCAGAGUUCCACCACCAACUCAUCUCAACUACCCACUCUGGGGUCCAGAGUUCCACCACCAACUCAUCUCAACUACCCACUCUGGGGUCCAGCGUUCCACCACCAACUCUUCUCAACUACCCACUCUGGGGUCCAGAGUUCCACCACCAACUCAUCUCAACUACCCACUCUGGGGUCCAGCACUUUACUACCAACUCAUCUCAACUACCCACUCUGGGGUCCAGCACUUUACUACCAACUCAUCUCAACUACCCGCUCUGAGGUCCAGGACUCCACCACCAACACAUCUCAACUACCCCCUCUCGGUUCCAAGGCUCCACCACCAGCACAUCUCGACUACCUGCUCUUUGGGAUCAUUGGCACAUCUCAUCUUCUUACUGAUCAGCAAGAGUAA